AAUUAAUCUUAGUUAAUUAUUUAACACCGUAACUGAAACUCGAAAACUGCGAUCAUCGGUAUCAAAAUUUCCAUACUUCUCCCUAUUGUUUAACUUAAUUUUUAUGCCCUUGGAACUUGUAGCGUUUUAUAGAAGUUUACUUAAAAUAGAACCGUCCCGCUGCUACGUACGAUACGAAUCUGAAUGCGAGAGAUUACAGAAUCAGUAAAUUCUUCCGUUGUUUUGACCCUGACCUUAGAUCUCUUCCUGUUGCAGAAUCUGCCUUGCCAUUUUGCUAGCUGACAGCAGUCGAUGAGGUUGUAUUUUUAAAGGUAUCUCCGUAAUCGCCGUUUUAUCAUGUCGGAAAGAACACAAGUUAUCAUCAUCGGGGCCGGAAUUAGCGGUUUGUCGGCUGCUAAAUGGCUUCGCGAGUCCAACAUCGAUAUUAUUGUUUUAGAAGCCAGGAAUCGAGUAGGAGGAAGAACGCUUACUAAAAAGGAUGCAUCCGUCGGUUACGUAGAUUUGGGAGGUUCCUAUAUAGGACCUUCGCAAAACCAUCUCUUCAGAUUAACCAGAGAACUGGGAAUAAAUAAUUAUAAGUUAGACGAAACAGAACAUGUUGUAUACUAUACCAAGGGGAAAUUAUAUCGUUAUUUUGCUGAUUCGCCUUCUAUUCCUUUUUGGAAUCCUAUUGUAAAAUUAGAUAUGUUAAAUUUUGCAAGAACACUGGAUAAAAUGGGAGAAGAGAUUCCAGCAGAUGCACCUUGGAAGGCUCCUCGUGCGGAGGAAUGGGACACAAUGACGUAUCACGAAUUCGUUGAUAAAAUCUGUUAUACCAAACAGGUACGUGCAAUUGCCAAAGUAUUUUUAGAGUUAGCAUUGACAUCUUCGCAGUACGAGGCUUCGCUCUUGUGGGCUUUAUGGUAUAUCAAAUUGUGUAAUGGAAUAGUUAAGAUGAUUAGCUCUACAAAUGGCGGACAAGAAAGAAAAUUUAUAGGAGGAAGUCAGCAGAUUAGUGAACGCAUUGCAGCUCGAUUAGGAGAUUCUGUAAGAUUAAACUCUCCAGUCGCAACGAUCCACCAGUUAGCCGAUGGUGUCAUGGUCAAAACGUUAAACGGAGACAUUUAUAGAGCAAAUUAUAUAAUUAUGGCGAUACCCCCUAUGCUACAAAUGAAGAUCCAUUACGAUCCUCCUCUACCACCCAUUAGAAACCAAAUGAUACAAAGAUGCCCGAUGGGUUCCGUCAUGAAGGCCAUUUUGUACUACCGUACGCCAUUUUGGAGAGCCAAAGGUUUCUGUGGUACGGCAUUAAUUGAUACCGACGAAGAACAUCCAAUAGCGGGCACUUUUGACGAUACUAAACCCGAUGGAAGUUAUCCAGCAAUUGUUGGUUUUGUGCCAACCGAUUGCGUUCGAAAUUUAGCCACGCGUACCAAAGAGGAAAGGAAACAAAUUUUUGCUAAAUGCUACGCUGAUGUGUUUGGAUUGAAAGAAUUUCUAGAGCCAAUUCAUUACGAAGAAUACAAUUGGAUGGCAGAACAGUACUCGGGAGGAUGUUACACCGCUAUGUUUCCACCUGGAUUCUUAACCAGAUACGGAAAGGUAAUAAGAGAACCCGUAGGAAGGAUGUACUUUGCGGGAACAGAAACUGCGGUUUCUUGGUCCGGAUACAUGGAAGGAGCCAUACAAGCGGGUGAAAGAGCGGCUAGAGAAGUGCUUCAUUCUAUGGGAAAGCUCAGAAAAGAGGAUAUUUGGAGAAUAGAGCCUCCUGCCAAGGAUGUUGUUGACAUUCCUAUCAAACCAUCGUUUUGGCAACGUAACUUACCUUCGGUUCCCGGUUUAUAUCGCCUUAUAGGAUUAUCUAUGUUUUUAGGUCUAGCUACCUCAAUAAUAUUAAAAUGCAAACGUCAUUUUUGAGGAAGAAAGCUUUAAUAUUUUGUCCAAAAAAAAAAACAAUUAAUACAUCUUUUUUUAAUUUUCUAGCUGAAUUUUUAUAAUUAGAAUUAUGCAAAUUAAAUAAAACGAAGAUAAACUUAACACCCUUUUUUUGUAAACUAACUACUGGUAAUUGUGUAAAGUUGGGAAUUUUCUUAAGCAGAUAUUGAUGUAAAUUUACAGCUGAAUCUCUUCUAGAUAAGUGUAAUCUUCACCGGGCUGAAAAAUGGAACCGAGUUUCCUCAUAUAGUAAAAUGGUGCUCUUUUCCUUCCGUAUAUAUCUACGAUAUUCUUUCUUUCUUCCACGCUCAUCAAGAAGUAUCCAUUGUAAGCUUCUUGCAAAUUUUCUGCCUUUUCUUUCAUCUCAAUUUCAAAUUUCUCCAAUUCUUUACGUUUGUUAAUGGUUACUGCGCCGACACGAUUCACCUAAGGGAGCAAUUGUCGAUAUUAUCCAAUAAUAAUAAAAGUGGACAUUUGUAUAAUAAUAAAAUUUGAGGUGUAAAUUGCCAA